AUCCUCUUCGGGAUAGCGUUAUCUCCUCUACGGAGUCUGAUCCCCAUUAUGCCGUGAUUAAUCUCUUUCCCACUCUCCUCUCCUCUACACCAACUGUUUGACACUCUCUUCAGACAAGUCUCGUCCAUGUCGCUCUUUUGAUUGAUUCGAUUUGAAUGCCAUUCUUUAUCUGUCUAUCAUAAACCUACACUCCUUUACUUGUUAGCUAACUACCGGGUUCAUUCCUUCCCCGAACGACCAUUCUGUCAGUGUGAACACCACCGGCACACGUGUGGAGAUACUCUCCUCACGCCCGCCUUUUGCUAUUUUUCGACUUGCUUAUUUUCGACUCGAGUCAGUCAUGAUGCGAUCUUCAGUAUUGGCAGCGCUCGUCGCUGCGCUCGUCUCGACCGUCUCCGCCCAGACAACCACAAACUGUCAACCCCUAAACGAGACAUGCCCGCCAGACCUCGCCCUCGGAACAGCACAUACAUGGAACCUGAGUUCUAGCUCACAACUAGACGACACGUGGAAUAUCACCAACGGCGUGAUGAACUACACCGAGGAUGCCCUGGGAUUCACAAUUAACAAGAAACUCGACUCGCCGACCAUCAUAUCAACUUUUUACAUCUUCUUCGGCCGAUUGGAAUACCACGUCCGGGCUGCCCCCGGCCACGGUGUUAUUAGCUCUGUGGUCCUCCAAUCCGAUGAUCUCGACGAGGUGGAUUGGGAAUGGGUUGGAUCGGAAGAAACCACGGUUCAGACAAAUUUCUUCGGCAAGGGACAGACCAUCGAGGGGACAGCCAAAUACUUCAAUAUCAGUGGCAGUACGCACGACACGUACCACAAUUAUACAACGUGGUGGGAUAAGGAUAAGUUGCAGUGGUGGGUUGAUGGUCAAUUGUUGCGUACCGUGACCCCCGCAGAGGCGUCUAAUAGUACCUAUGACUGGUAUCCUCAAACCCCGAUGACGAUCCGUAUUGGAGCCUGGCCUGGUGGUGAUCCUUCCGGACCCCCUGGUAGAAUUGAAUGGGCUGGCGGUGUGAUUGAUUACAAUGCUGGUCCCUAUACUAUGUUUGUGUCGCAGGUUUCGGCACAGGAUUUCACCACGGGCAAGGAGUAUAAUUAUACCGAUCAUUCCGGAACUUGGGAGAGUAUCAAUGUUGUUGCUGGCAACUCAACCGUCUCCAAAGAACUCAACGCAGUGCAUCUAUCUGCCGCCCAGAGAUGGAAUAAUCUCUCCUCCGGAGCCAAGAUCGCAAUUAUUGUCUCCGUCAGCGCGGUCGUGGGUAUCGGUGCCCUCGUCUUCUUGUUCUGCUGUAUCCGUCAACGAAGAAUCGGCAAGCGUGAAUGGAACGCUCAAAACAAUCAGUGGACGCAAGAGCGUACGGAUAUGAUGAAUAUGCAGGCCGAAUGGAGACAGAAAGGAUAUGUUGAGAUGAAGUAGACUUACUUCAACUAUGUCUCGAUGAUGUUUCUUCUCUUCUGUCCUCACAAGGCGGAGAGAAAGAAUUUUUACGAUCUUUUACAAUUUCGCUUUCGAUUUCGCUUCUCUGUCAAUAUUAUUUCUUUCUUUUUUUUCCCCAUCUCUUUCUCGUUCGUCAUCGAUCAUCCGACUCUCGAUACCACUAUCCUUGUCCUCGUCUUGUCUCUACAACCUCAUCUUUAUCCUAUCUACCUCUCCUUCAUGCCGCCAUUCCUACAACCUCAACCAUCUCCUCAUCUACCCAUCGUUCUCAACCACCGUUUUGUCUUUGCCCGGUAUUUUAGAUAUAUCUCUUUCGAUCUGGUGUUUCGUUUUCUUGCUAUCUAUCUAUGGGGUGUCUAAGCUAACAACUUAACUGCUUUUCUUGAAUUUUUGUUUUGUGUCUAUCUAUUCUGAUUGGGUUGUUGAUUUUUUGUCUAUAGUAUGAUUGUUGUAGGUAGGGUGCUAUGGAUGAGGGUUUGAAUCAGAAUUGACGGUUUGUUCGUUUGCUAC